CCUUUUUUUUUUUUUUGGCACAGGAACAAAAGACCAUUCUCGUGAGGUCCACCUACAAGUCACCAUGAAUGAGGACUGCGAAGAGUCCACUGGGGACUGUUACUUCCUCUGUGACACCGUGGGAGCAUGGGGCAUUGUUCUGGAGUUCCUGGCAUCAAUUGGCAUAGCAGUUAUGGUUUCCACCCUGGCAUUUCUCUUCCUCAUGAGAAGGGUUCAAGACCACAGCCAGUGGAAUGUCCUCCCCACCCAGUUCCUCUUCCUCCUGGGUGAGCUGGGGCUCCUCAGCCUUGCUUUUGCCUUCCUCAUCCAGCUCAACGAGCAGACUGCCCCCCUCCGCUACUUUCUCUUUGGGGUCCUCUUUGCUGUCUGUUUCUCGUGCCUCUUGACUCAUGCCUCCAACCUGGUGAAGCUGGUCUGGGGUCAAGUGUCCUCCUCUUGGACGACAAUUCUGUGCAUUGCUAUUGGUGUCAGCCUGUUGCAGACGAUCAUCGCCACUGAGUAUGUGACUCUCAUCGUGACCAGAGGUACGAUGUUUAUGGAUAUGACACCCUGUCAACUCAACGUGGACUUCGCGGUCCUCCUGGUUUAUGUGCUCUUCCUGCUGGCCCUCACGUUCUUCGUCUCCAAAGCCACCUUCUGUGGGCCGUGUGAGGAUUGGAAGCGGCGCGGAAGGCUCAUCUUCCUCACCGCACUCAUCUCCAUCAUCAUCUGGGUGGUGUGGAUCUCCAUGCUCAUGAGAGGCAACCCAUGGGACGACCCUGUCCUCUGCAUCGCCCUGGUCACCCAUGCGUGGGUUUUCCUGCUGCUGUACAUCAUACCAGAGCUGUGCUUUCUCGAGAGAUCGUGUCAGCAGGAUUGCCCUCUGCAAGGCAAUGCCUGCCCACUCCCAGCUUAGGAACGCAGCUUCAGAGCGGAGAAUCAGCAGCUCUCAAGAGCCCAAGACAGUGAUGGAGCUGAGGAGGAAGUAGCAGUAACUGAAUAUGGUACCCCCAUUCUUUUGCAGACUGUUGAUCCCACACAGGAGGAUUUCAUCCCUUGGGCUAAAGUAAGCCCUCAGCAAGAUGCAGAAUUAUAAAGUCCACAGGAAACAUGGGUAGUGAAAACCCAGCAGAUCAUCCUAACGUAGCCCUGAUGGGCCACUGGGAAGCCCAUCUGCCAGCGAAACAUCGGCUCAUCCUUCCUUCCCUGCCACACAGUCCUCUCCAUCCAUCUGGACCCUUCAUCAGGACACUGCCCCUUCAAGCAUAAUUACAAUCUUGCUGGC